AUGGAUGAUAAUCAUAAGAACUCUAUUAUGCAGAGAAGUUCGCGGUGGAAAGGAGGAAGAUCAUGUGAGAAUCAAUGCAGGCCUAAUGGAAGUGAGACAUUACCUGAAGGUAUCAUCGCCAAGACGUCUAACUUUGAAAGACGUCCAUUAUGGGGUUAUCCAGAGAAAAAAGUGCCUUCAAAGUACUUAUUUGCUGCAGCUGUUGGGAUAAAGCAAAAAGAAACAGUAAACAAGAUGGUACUAAAGUUUCUAUCAAGUGAUUUCGUGGUGAUGCUUUUUCACUACGAUGGUAAUGUCGAUGGAUGGAGGACUUUUAAAUGGAGUAACAGUGUAAUACACAUCUCAGCUUUGAAUCAAACAAAAUGGUGGUUUGCAAAGAGAUUUUUACAUCCAGAUAUAGUUGCUGAGUACAGUUAUAUCUUCCUCUGGGAUGAAGACCUCGGAGUUGAAAAUUUCAACCCAAAACGAUACAUAUCUAUUGUGAGAGAUGAAGGUCUUGAGAUUUCACAACCAGCUCUAGAUAUGGGGAAAUCAGAGGUGCAUCAUCAGAUUACUGCCCGCGGGAGGAGAUCAAGAGUGCACAGAAGGACUUAUAAGGCUGGCGAUACUGGCACUCGAUGUGACUAUACCAGUAUGGCUCCUCCUUGUACAGGGUGGAUAGAAGUAAUGGCUCCUGUGUUUUCCAACGCUGCCUGGCGCUGCGUCUGGUAUAUGAUCCAGAAUGACUUGAUCCAUGCUUGGGGUUUAGACAUCCAGCUUGGUUACUGUGCACAGGGAGACAGAACUCAAAAUAUUGGAGUUGUUGAUGCUGAAUACAUCGUUCAUUAUGGCCUUCCGACACUAGGGGAGCCUGAAAAGAAGAAGAAUUUGACAGUGGGUGGAGAAAACAUCACAAGCCUUGGAAAACAAGCACCAUCUCAACCCAACACUCCCAAUUUCAGAGUGGAGGUGAGAAGACAAUCAUACAACGAGUAUAAGAUAUUCAAAAGACGAUGGAAACAAGCUGUCAACGAGGACACAUGUUGGACGGAUCUCUAUCCAGAGUCAGAAAAGUAAAGCAUUGCUCUACAUGGACUUUCAGUACAUCAGGUUCUUGAAAAGGAUGAAAUGAACGCGAGAUGCUGCAGAUUCAAGAAAUGGAGAUAGGCAAAGUUUGCACAUUAGCUGCUAAUUUUCGCGUUAACAGAAGGAAGGACAUCAAAUCUGUGAGUGUCACAGUUUAAAGA